CGAUAAGUUGUCGGAGUAGCACGAUGAUCCGAGAGUGUCAGUAAGGACGGCUGCUGCAUCAGCCGAGUAUCGAAUCGGUGUCUAAAAACUGUGAAUCAUCUUUGGAAUAUUUAAUCAUGGACCAGGAAGUCUCGUCACUGUUCAAGUGCCUCUUGCUGCUCUGGAUGUUGAUCGCAGUCGUUGGCUUACCAACCCUGGGUUAUGUCGACCGAACUCGCUUGGAGACAUACGAGGAUCAGUCAGCAGAGUCGAGCGAUCUCGAUCUCUUCGGUAAUCUGACUUUUCGAUUUUCCUGCGAAGGUAAAUCAAUCGGCUUGUACGCCGACGCAGACUACGGUUGUAGAGUUUUCCACGCAUGCGACGAUUCUGGCCAAGGAUUCCCUGUUAUCUGCCCUAACUACACGUUGUUUGAUCAAAGGGAACGUGUCUGUUCGGACGAAGGACACGUUGAUUGCGCACACGCGAACGAAUGGUUCUACUUGAACGACCUGCCAUACUCCGAAGAAGUGACGGAAGAAAACGACACAAAACAGGACGAAGAGGAACAAGUUCCUUCGGUUCUACCCCUCGUGCUAUCGUGAUGCAUCUCUAAUUAACCUCUUACAAAAUACAUUCGAUACAGAGCAUUCAAUUAUUUCAACAAAUACCGUCAUAAAACUUACCCGACACUUUUAUCCUUGAUGUGAUUGCGAUUGAGUUAUAAUACCUGAAGUUUCACUUUGAACAUUGUACAUUUUAAAACAAAGUUAUUUAGAGACCAAUCCAGUUGCAAUACAUUUUCUUUUAUUC